AUGCCUACCCUCGAACCUGCGACUGAUCUUGACUCCAACGUCUGGUAUCAGCUCUCCGAGUUGGCUGUCGAUGAUAACGAUGGGGACUUCAAGUCUAUGCUUCAACCUACCGCGCCAGGAGGUGACUUGAGAGUCGGCACUCCUAACGGGAAUUCGUACUGGCAGUUUCAAAAGAUAGGAGAUAAGCCCGGCCGAUACCAACUCCGCUGCUCAGACACGACCGUUAAGAAACAACUAUCCGUAUGCUACCGACCGCAGGUCAUCGACGCGAAACUCCGCACAAGGCCGUGCCUGAUGCCCAUUGAAGACAGCGAAAUGCAGCAAUGGGAUAUUUCACGAUGGGACUCUGAUACAUACCGGCUGACGAACGUUGAGAACGGGACGAAAUGGAACUUGGACUGCAUACCUAAUGGGCCUGUUAUCUUGAGCUCUGAUCUUGAGGGGGCGCAACCGCGGCAGCAUUGGUUGAUGAGUAGUGUCGGACUGGUGAACAAUGAGAUGUACUCUACGGUAUACACAGCGCCGCCUGAGUCAACAGGUGAAAGCACCGCUACAGCUGGCACAACAGGCUCCGACUCAACAGCCGCCACCGCAACUGCAGACUCAAACAGCGACACGAGCAGUGACAGCAAUGAUAGUGGCAAUGGCAGCAGCGAUCUCUCAACCGGCGCAGUCGCUGGCAUAUCCGUCGGUGUGACCCUAGGCGUGGUCGCACUCGCCCUCGCAGCAUUCUUCUUCUGGCGCCGCAACAAGCGCAAGUAUCAGGUCGCCGGCACUGGCUCGCCAGACUCUCCCGGAAAGCUUGGAAGUUCUCCCAUGGCUGUGUCGCCUGACCCCGCGUACAGCUCUGUUUACUCAGCUGAGAAGAACAAUGCGACGCCGGCAGCCGAGAUGAUGCAUGAGCAGAGACCUAUUGAGCUGUCGACUGGCCAGCACCAAAGACAUGAGCUCGCAUAG